AUGAAUUUAGACGAAGUCAAUGGGCAAGAUUUAAGUGGUGCCUUCAAGGUUGCCAACUUAACAGUUGCUGUGUUAGCAAUUUUAUCAGGAAUAUCCCAACUUUUCAGUGGAAUCCAAUCUUUUGUGAUUGGACUUUACAUAAUUGCCUUUGGAGCAGCAAUUGGACUUUUAGAGUUCCGGGUGCCACCUGAAGCACACUCAUAUGCCUCAUUCCUCUUUUCAUUCAUUGGUCGUGGUGUUUUCUACACUUUUAUUGGUGCUAGCAUUAAUGGAGCCAGCUUUUUCAGAAUAUUUACAGGCUUAUUGAUUUUCAUUGUUGGCUUGGUAUACAUUUCUUUAGAGUAUGUUCCAAGCAUUUCUUUGCCAGAAAACAUGAAUAUAGAAGGUCCUACCAGACUUGAAGAGGACGUGGUCUAA